AUGGAAUAUAAUUAACGUCAGCCUUGAGAAGCAAAAAUUUAGAAUCGAUUGAAGCAAUAUAUAUUAGAGCGUUAUCAUUCACUUCGUAGUUAGCAGCUCAUAAAACGAAGAAAAUGGAAGGUGUACCUUCAACGAAAAAUGGAACGGGUUCUCUAGACCUGAUGGGGCUCAUUGAGGGCAUGCAGCUAAAGGAAUCAAGCGAGUCUGCUUUGACACUGGAUCGCCAUCCACCUUACGCACCCUUCUAUGGGGUGAUGGGCGUCGUUUUUUCCAGUGUGCUGACUUCCGCUGGAGCGGCCUAUGGAACUGCUGUUUCCGGAACCGGAAUUGCAGCCACAGCCGUAAUGCGACCGGAAUUGGUGAUGAAGUCGAUUAUUCCUGUGAUUAUGGCUGGAAUCAUUGCCAUCUAUGGCCUGGUGGUAUCCGUUCUUCUCUCCGGCGAACUGGGACCUUCUCUCAAGUAUUCCCUGCCCACUGGAUAUGUUCACCUGGCGGCCGGGUUGUCCGUGGGAUUCGCCGGACUGGCUGCCGGAUAUGCCGUGGGUGAGGUGGGCGACGUUGGGGUGCGACACAUCGCCCAACAGCCACGUCUCUUCAUCGGCAUGAUUCUGAUCCUGAUCUUCGCCGAGGUUCUGGGACUCUACGGUCUGAUCAUCGGUAUAUAUUUGUACACGGUGAACAUCAAAUAAUUAAUAAGUGUUUCUUUUAAACUUAAAAAAACUAGCACAAAGUAUGGAAUAUUGUUUCUUCUAAACUUAAAAAAACGAACACAA